GAUAUAUGAAGCAUUUCCCAAGAUUCGAAAGAAAUUUGGACGAAAGAGAUACAAGACAUUACAAAUUCUAAGAAUGCACAAAUGGAAGCCGAAGGAAAUAUUGACAGACAAAAUUGUAAAACAAUAUUUGUCUACACACGAGAUUCGACUGCUUGCAGUAUUGCAAUCAAUAGAAGAAGAAUUGCUGACAUUGUGGUACACAACUCUAUCGUUACCGUUGGACAAUAAACACUCAAUAUUAGAUGGCAUUGCCGAUGGAGAGCUUGGCAACAUUGUACCACAAAUUCCUCAUAACAAACAAACAAUUAAUGCUGAUGAUGUUGGUACUUCCAGAACAUACCCUUCAGUUGGAGUGGAGCCUAAUUAUACUUCUGUUGUUGACUAUAAUUAUGUCACAAAAGAACAGAUGGAAGAAAUGUUCACUACACAUAGACAAUAUGUAUCUGGUCUGUAUGAUGACUUGAAGGCACGAAUCAAGAAAAUAACAGGAUGAAUAUCUUGAAAAUCAGAAGGGAAUGUUUGAAGAACAGCAAAAAUAGCAUGAACAGCAAUAUCAAUAGCUGCACUCUGCUUAUCAAUCUACAUAUAUGGAAUGUCAAGCUUUCUGCCAGGAUUUUUUUGGUCAACAGAUGGCUGAACAAUAAAAAAGACAAGAAAGUAAUUAUCAAGCAAUUGUUGAUAAUCAGGAAAAAAAAUCAGCAACAACAAAAAUGGCAAGAAGAUCACCAUUAGGAAAUGCAACCUCACAUGCAAUCUUACGUGGACAAUAGUUUAACUUCGAUGAGAUCUUACUUUGAAGAACGGAACAACAACAUGCUGAAUAGAAUGGGUGAUAUGGAAGCUAUUGUUGGUUGUUUACAGAAAGAUAUUCCUAGCUCCAACAGUCAAAUUCGUGGCAAGAAAGUAACAUCCGAACAAACUCCUCAAGCUGAAAUGUCCACAGAAGAGAUGUAUAAUAGGAAGAUAAAAUUUUCAGGUUUUCCUCUCGAAGACUAUUCUAUGGAGAGGUAUUUAUCAGUUCAUCAAUGGGUGGUGGUGAAUACAUCGGGGUAAAAAGCCUUACUCUAACUUAUUAGUUAUAUUGUAUUUAUUUCACACCGAUAUAAACUAUUAUUUACAGUACAUAUUGGGAUGUUGGAGGCAAUAUGUAUGGAAGAGACACACUAUACAAUAUACUUGAAGAUAUAGAUAUCAGUAUUGCAGUUAGUGAAUCUCACAAAUUAUAAUUAAUUUCAAUUUACAUUUGACAUCUAAUUUAUAUCUAUUUAUUGUAUUAGGCUAUAGAGUGGAG